AUGGGCGACCACAGAGAAGCUGGACAUGGCAACUACGCUCCGGAUGAAACUACUCCGGCUGAUGAGUCUACGUUCCUCCUUCCCAAGGAUGUAGCAGAUGUGAAAAGCAAGAUUCUCAGUACCAACUUCGCCGCAUUGAUGGCCGGGCUGAACGUCGAAUGGGUCGAUCAUAAAGAUGCUGCAUUGGGCCCUCUGAUCCCGUACAUACAACCGAGUUAUGAUGUUGGUCUUCUGCAGGUGUCCAUCAUCUACCUAGUCAACUUUGUGGGUUGGGUUGUCGCCUCUUUCGCCAAUAUUCAUGUCUGUUCUCAUAUAGGCACGGGCGGUACAUUGGUCCUGGGAGCAACCAUUCAGUGUCUCGGCUAUGCCUUGAUGUUCUGGAGUCCGCCUUUCCCCCUCUUCGUGGCAGCAUUCUUCUUCACUGGUUGCGGCGUAGCUUUCCAAGAUGCCCAGAUGAACAUGUUCACUAUAACUGUCAAGGACGCCCAUCGGUGGCUGGGCAUUUUGCAUGCCGUGUAUGGCGUUGGAACCAUCCUCGCUCCAUUGAUCGCCAAUACGAUUGCCUCAAGAAUGCCCGUCUGGCACCAUUACUACCUUGUGACCAUGUUGCUCGGCGUACUAAACAUCACAUCUCUGGUCUGGACCUUCAGAAAGGGGCUCUUCCGUCCGAAUGUGAGCAAUGCGAAGGAGACGGCCGGCAAGGAGCUUCGAGAAACAGUGUCAAACAAGACUGUGUGGAUAUUCAACGGCUUCUUCUUUUUGUACGUUGGCGCGGAGGUGACUGCUGGAGGUUGGCUUGUGCAGUUCCUUGUUUCGGUGAGAAAUGGCGACCCUACCAAAGUAGGAUAUAUUGCGUCCGGCUUCUGGACCGGCUUUACCUUGGGCCGUGUUGCUUUAGCGGAUCUCACACAUCGCUUGGGUGAACGGCGCAUGGUGUUCGUUUAUACCGCGUUGGCUGUGGCGAUGCAGCUAUUGUUCUGGUUGGUGCCAGACAUCACUAUCAAUGCAGUCACAGUGUGUUUCCUGGGUUUCUUUAUCGGUCCUUUCUACCCAGUUGGACUCUAUGUUCUCACCAAGGUCAUCCCAAAAGAACUUCACGUGGGAGCAAUGGGAUUCACUGCCAGUCUUGGACAGGCAGGGUCCGCUGCAUUCCCUUUCCUAACGGGGGCGGUGGCCUCCCAGGCCGGCGUCCAGGUUUUGCAGCCCAUCAUGCUGGGGCUGCUCAUUGGGAUUGCCUUUUUCUGGUGCUUGGUCCCUAGACAGAGGCCAAUCACGCUUUGA